GAAAAAACAUUCCCUCAGUAACAGGAGCCGCAGCGGGAUCAGUGACUCUCUAUUAUACAGCUAAACAGAAUUAAACAGGAUUAAAGUGAGUUAAACAGAGUGACAGUGGUGUUAAUCGGAGUUGUAGAUCGACUCAGUAAAUAAUAGAUUUAGUGUUUUAGUGCUCAGACAGUGAGAGAUGUCGCUCUGCAGCACAGUGAUGAAGACUCUGAUCUUCUUCACAUUUUCUCUUCAUCUUUCAUCAGCAGUCACACACUCGCUGCAGUAAAUCAUCACUGCAGUUACACCCAGAAUAAAUUUCCCAGAAUUCACCAUUGUUGGUCAGGUGGAUGGAGGACAUAUCGAAUACUAUGACAGUAACAUAAUGAAACCAAUCCCAAAGGCGGAGUGGAUAAAGAAGGUGACUGCUGAUGAUCCUGAUUACUGGAACAGACAGGCACAGAUAGCGCAGAGUACUCAGGAGAGCUUCAAAGCCAAUGUGGAUACACUAAUGCAGCGCUUUAAUCAGACUACAGGAGUUCACACAUGGCAGUGGAUGUACGGCUGUGAGCUGGACGAUGACGGGACUGUUAGAGGAUACACACAGUUUGGUUAUGAUGGAGAAGAUUUCAUCAGUUUGGAUCUGAAAACUGUCACAUACACUGCAGCUAAACCACAAGCUGUGAUCACCAAGAACAAGUGGGAUAAUAAUCCUGGUGCCACUGUGGCCCGGAAGAACUACCUGGAGAACAUCUGUAUCGAGUGGUUAAAGAAGUAUGUGUCUUACGGCAGAGAGACUCUGGAGAGGAACGGUAAAGUGUGUGAUCUGUUACUGUAACACACACACACACACACACACACACACACACACACUUCUCCUGUGUUGUGAUUAUUUAAAUCUCUACAUAAAAAUAAGUUAAUUCUUUAAAAGCCGUACAUUAAAAGUGUAAAUCUAUUUUUCUGUCCAACUCGAAACUCUUUCACAUCUUUGUAGACAGAAAAUCUUCAUCACAUGACCAAUAACUCUGAACUUCACUAAAGGGGGAAAAUGAGGUGACGUUCUUCAGAUAGUUCAGUGUGUAAAGUGAAAAGACCAAAAUCUUUCAGCAGAACAGCGACGUUUUAUUUCAGUUAAACAGAGAAAGACUUUUCAGACCAAAGAGAAAAAAGAAGAAGAAAAAGGAACUGAAACUUUAAGGAUGUUUUCAUUCUAACAGUUUACAAACACUUUAAAGAGUGAUGAUGAUUAGAAAGUGAUGAAGAUGCUGUUUCUUGUCUCCUGUGCUGCUCACAGCAGAUGCUCUUUAACAGUGUGGUGAAGCUUCAAUGUUUCUGCUGUAAACUUUCCUCCUUUCCUGCAGAAACCAUUCCAGCGUCUCAUCUUCACUAAAACACAUCGACUGGUGUAAAGUUGAUGGAAAAUGUCAUAAGAAGGAACACAGUUUAUUCCUCAUCAGGGUUCUCAUGAGGAGUUGAGACAUGAAGAACAGAAGAGACUUUUAAUAUUUCUGUCUCUGUGUCUCUGCAGUUCGUCCUACAGCGUCAGUGUUCCAGAAAGAAGCCUCUUCUCCAGAGGUGGUGUGUCACGCUACAGGUUUCUUCCCCAAAGCAGUGAUGAU